UUUCCUAAUAUAUAUAAAAGCCCACCUCAUAUCACAAUUUUGCUCCAUGCAUAAUUAAUUAAGCCAAGCAAUUUUAGUUGUUGGAUUUCUCUCUCUUCUUUCUCUCUCAUCCCUUUUCUUUGUUAUUGUUCUUCUUUCUUGCAUUUUUCAUGGAUUAUGAAACAGAAAAAUCUCAUCAAGAAUGCUAUAAUAUUCCCAAAAUUCGAGAUUUUUGGAAGAAAUAUAAAUCUCAUGCUACAAAACGGUAUCAUCAUGAUGAUGAUCAUCAUCAACACAAACAUCACAUUUCAUCAAAUAAUAAGAUCAAGCCAAAUGAUGACUUCAAAACUAAUCCUCAUGAUUUUGAUGAAGAGUUUUUUAAGGCCACCCAAGAUUGGCAGGCAAACCAUGAAAAAUUGCAAGAUGUCAACCAUCAUUUUCACAAGGUCAACCAAAAUGGAAAUGAAGUGGAAGAGCUUAACAAAAUGAGUCAAAAACAUGGGCAUGAUAAUGAUAAUUAUUAUCAUAAUAACUGUUUUAAAGCUUUUAUUUUAUUAAGUGUUGCCAAGAAAAAGAAAGGCCCAUCACAAGUUUCAUCUUUAGUUGAUCUUCCAAAAACCCAUAAUUCACAACGGUUUGAAAGGAAUUUUCCCAAAGGAAGUAUUUUCCACUCAAGUCCUUCGUUAGGAAGAUCAGGGAGUAUAAAUACAAGCAGAAAGGAACAAGGGACUAAGUCAUCCAACAUUUCAAGAGCACCUUCAACAAUAAGCAGGGCGCCGUCAACAACUAGUAGAACAACCAGCAUUAACGGCAGGAAUGGAUCCACCAAUGGCAUUGCUAGAUCAACAAGUGAUGCAGCAACCAAAGCGCGAAAAAUGAAUGUAAGUAGAAGUGGUCCUAUGAUCAUGUUCUCCAACUCGAGUGGAAUGUUAAAGCCUCCUGCUACUGAAAAGCAGCUUGAGUGCACACUAGAGGAGUUAUAUCAUGGUUGUGUCAAGCACAUUAAGGUUUCUAGAGAUGUCUUCUCUAUCACCGGGCAGAUUGUCCAAGAAGAAGAGGUUUUGACAGUAAACAUAAAGCCGGGAUGGAAGACAGGAACACGAAUAACCUUCCAAGGAGCUGUCAAAGAAGAGCGUCAAGGAGAGUAUCCAGGAGACAUAAUCUUCGUCGUUACAGAGAAACACCACCCUUUGUUCAGGAGGAAGGACGACGAUUUAGAGCUUGAGAUAGAAAUUCCUAUGGUGGAUGCACUGACAGGGUGCAACUUAUACAUUCCUUUACUAGGGAAGGAUAAAAUGAGCAUGAGAAUUGAUGAGAUCAUUUACCCAGGUUAUGAGAAAACUUUUGUAGGUCAAGGUAUGCCUAACCAGAAGAACCCUCAUCAUAAGGGGAACUUGAAAGUCAAGUUCUUAGUAGCUUAUCCCAACAGCCUAACUGAUGUACAACGGUCCGAAAUUUUCAGAAUAUUGAGUAACUAGCUAGUGUUGGUUUCUCUCUACUGCUUUUCUUUCCUUUGUUUGGUAUAGAUUAGGGAGUGAGGUAAUGAUCUGAGGGAACUCUGUACAUAGUUUGGAGAGUUUUCGAAAUGUUUGGUUUAGGUUUUAUGCAUGCUGCUGAUUCAAAAUCGAAUUAUAUAAAUGAAAAACAGAAUAUCUUUGUAGUGCAGUAGUAGUAUCCUAAUCUUUUUCUUUAACAGUUAAACUCGGAAUUCAGAUGCUACUGACAAAAAAAAAAAAAAAAAAAAAAAAAA